AUGCCAAGCGUCGUGGAGUCAAGGAGGAUCUAUUCCGAGAUUCGAAGGAAGCGAUUGGUGCUAAAUGAAGACUACGAGCUUGGCCGUUCCGAAGCCCCGGUCCCAGAUCCAGUGAACCUGAGCAGCUUGAGAUGUAUCGCCCGACUGGUCUUAGAAGCGACAAAGGAGACCAAGCAAGUCAAGCAUUUCCUUCAGAUCAUGGGUGUGGAUUUGGACUCCACCCCCGAUGAUCGUGCGCUGGAGCUCUGCUCGCCCAGAAAUGCCGUGGAUGCAAUCCGCGUGCGAGAAGCCCUGCUGCGUUUGGCGGAGCUCCGCCGAGUGCUGCACGAGAGGAUCCGACAGCGCGGCGUUGACCCCAAGGAGGACAAGAAACGAAAGGUUUUGCUGCAAGAGCUGAAGAAGCUGCGGAAGGCGUUGUCAACGUCUCACAUUAGUAAGCAGAUGAGUGAAGUGGAGCACUGCUUGGGAAACUUGCGGACGCUUCUGGAAACCUUCGAGUUUUCCGACGAGGUGCAGCAGUACACUGUUAAGGCUGCAGGGGCAAUCGCCGCGCUGCAAGGCAUUCAUAUUUCUCGUCCAAUGCUGAAAGCAAUGGCCAAGAAGUAUGCGCGCAAUGAAAUGGCCGGCUCGCAGGCGGAUCCCAAGGCCGCACAUGCGAGGUCACGGCAAGCGGCGGUUUGGAAGACUGGCCGUGGGAAGCAGGAGGGGGAGCCUAGAUCACAGGAAGUUCGAGAUGGUCCAGGGCAGCCGCGCAGCGGCACAUCGGGGCCUGUUGUUCAAACUCCUUCCGAGACGGACUUCUUCGCAAAUGAGGUUGGUUGGCCCGAUGAUCUCAUGGACAGCAUUGAGAGCGAUGUGCCCGACCUCGCAGAGCAUGACGAGGCUCCAGGUGCCAAGCCCAGCCGCGAGGCCACAAAGCGCCGCCGGCGCAGCUCUGCCAAAAAGGUCGGUGAUACGAAGGACGGCGCGGGGAAAGCUCCGUCGAAAGAUGCGAUGAAAGAAGAGCAGGGACAAGACCUUGCAAGGUCCAAGCCGAUAAGGCGACCGAGCAAGACGCGGCAGCGAGAGCAUCCUACUGGUAGCAUGCCUGAUACGAGAAGUCGCCGAGCUUCUUUCCCAGCUCCGACCCGGAGAGACGCCACAGCCCAGGACCGACGAGCACGAUCUGGAUCGGCCACCAGGAGGAGGACUUCAGAUCCACCGACGGGUCAGAUGCCGGUCAGACAUCCAACUGCCAGAAAUCUGAAGCCGCUCCAGCAUGCGGCACCUGUUGAAGAUCUCAUGGCCGCUACUGGCCAAAGCAGCACACCCUUUGAAGCUGUCUGCCAGUCGUCGGAAGGUUUUGCCAAGGAAGUGGUCCAGAACAACGAACACAACGAAAGGUCGUCACAGAAGGACCUUCGCGAACUAGAAGCUGGAUCUCGUUCUUUCGAGGAGGCUGCCGGGCCGAAUGUGAGGCCGCGCCACAUCGUGACUCCCAGUGAGGCAGCUUCUGCAGAGGCAGACUCGGCGGAGGUGGACUCCCAAUCAGCGUCUAUGAGCGCGUCGCGACCUGCCAGCAGCAGCGUGAUGUCUCCUUGGGACCGGAGAGAGGUGGUUGUGGAGGCAGACGAGGACUGCAAAAUACCUACGCAGCCAAGCACGGAGGAUGGGAGCAGGAAGAGGCAAAAGCGCUUCUCCAAUGCCGGAGCGGCAAAUGCAAAAGAGCUCGAGCCCCUCUCUUCGCGCUCAAGUUGGAUGUCUGAGGAGUCUCCCUCACAUACGCACCGUACUCAAGCCGAUGCAGUGAAUGUGGAACGUGGCCCGUCUGAGAAGGUGGCGGCCAAGCCGGCCAGACCAAUGACGCAGCCAACGCAGUCAAGGGCGCGGUGGGCCCCCUUGACUCGGUUCGCAGCAACCGCUGCAGAGGCACAGACGCUUGUGGUCAAUGCUGGCGGAAGCAAUUCAAGAUGGCCAGGCCUCAAGGCGAAGAUCUUGGCCAAGCAGCCGGCAUCACAGGUGCAAUCUCCGACUCCUGCGAGGGAGGUGUCCGAGAAGCAGGUGGAACAUCGCAAUGAUGCAGCCGAGAAGUCAGAAGAGCACCCGAAGCAGCAGAUCAACUUGCGCAUUCCUGCAGGCUGGUCUCGCAGACCCGUGCAGAGAGCUCCAGCACGCUUUGAGUGGUGUCUGGACAGCAUGUCUGAGGGCAACCCAUUCGUUGGGAACUGGACCGCUCGACAAAGUCUUGGGCGGGAACCUGGAGCCGAAGGGCAGGAAGCUUACCAGCUUACAGGCGAGGACUGUGGGGAUGACGGCGAGUGGAGUGAUGGCGAGGAUGCUUUGACCGUGGUCGAUGUGGUUCGAAGCCUUUGCAAGCAGGACGAAGAGGAAUGGAGCCAGGAGGAGCGAACCCUGCACGAGCUCUUCGCGGAGACCCCCAUCGAAGAGGAAGGAGGUCAAUGUGGGCAGACCGAUCCUCUUUCCGCAUGGGAUGCCUUUGCCCAGGAGCAGUCGACGAUCAGCUUUGUCAGCCGAUCCGCAGACAGCGAGUCCGAGUCCGAGGAUGAAGAAGAGUUCCUUCGCCAUCUUCUGCAAGGCAGUCGCUUGUGUUGCUGGCUUCACCCGCUCUGCAGGGGCCAACACCGUGACGCCCCGCGAGUGUCCACAGCAGGACUUCCGCAGAUAUGGAGUGCAACAACUGCUCCCUCUCCCAGAGAUCUUGCGAGACCUCACGGGCAUGUCUCAAUUGAGGCUGUGCUCACGUAUCGCUUUCACCGCGGUUUGCGCGACAACCUAGUAUCGGAUGGAUUGGAGGAGAAGUACAGAUCGGAGAUGCGUGUCCUGCAAAGAUCCGCAUAUCCCGUGCUUCUGCCGGCGCUGCGUGUGGGAGAAUCACCCAGUGCUCAAGCUAGUGUGAUCAGAACAAGCAACCCAAUUCUGCUUCAAAUUUUAAAGCUCAUGUGCAUGGGGCCGAGCUUGGAUCUGCGGCUUCCGGUUUACAGAUCUGAUGUGCCGCAGCUUGAAGACCUCGAGCGCUCCCUGCACGGAGGAGGGCGGAAGGUUGCUGGUGAGGAUGUGAGAGGCUGGCAUGUGACGGGGACCAACAGAGCCCCACAGUUGCAGCGAGCUUUGAAGCUGUCGGUUGUGUACGAAAUCGUGGAAGGUUGCUUGAGGCUACAAGACAUAAUAGCACCGAUGGCGGACAAGGUCUCGCAGGAGGUGUGCCGCAGAGACAGUGACCCCCGGUUGUCCGCAGUCCCCAUGCUUCGUUUCCUGCAUGUGCUGAUACUUCCGAUCUUCCUCGUCCUGGUGGCUGUUGUCUACGGCACGCUUCCUCGUAAUUGCCAGGACUCUUCGUGGCAAAACCGAUGCGAGAAAGCCGCCAGUUUAACGCUCGGCGAUGUCAUGCUAACGAUGCUCUAUCAGACCUUGGGGGUUGGAGGCUACAUCGACCUCAAGGAGAACUACUCUGAUGCUCCAGCGACACAACACGAUUGGGUUUUUCUUAUCGCAGCCUACUUGGGUAAAUUUGCCUGGACUCUCUGGGCCAUACUCAGCUUGGUCUACAUGCUUCGAAGACAUGAAGAAAGUCGUGAAGUCAGUGUCGCCGGGGUGCAGGGUACCGCGACCGGCAUCCCAAUAGGGCGUGCAGCCGCCUGUCUGCAUGCGGAUCAGCCUCAGGGAGCUGGCAAGCCAUAG